AUGAAUUGCAAUAUUAAUUAAAGACCUCCACCUCCAAAAUUCAACUGGAAUAUUUACGAUAAUUCAUCUUCAGAUGAUACGAAACCACAAAUAACGCUUUAGAAAUCAGAUAAAAGAAGGUAAAAAUAGGUCAUACUUUUGGUUGAUGAGAUGCUUGCUAAAUUAACUCAUAGCAAUCUUUUAAAUGGAAUAAAUAUUGAGAACAUCAAACAAUAGAGUGUUGAUCUCUUAAAUAAUUCUCUAAAUGAGAAAGUAAAAUCGAAAAAAUAUUAAUCAAUAGCUUGCGCAUUGAUCAUUUAAUCUUUGAGAAUUCUUUUAAUCCCAUUGAGAAUUAAGGAAAUAACUUAAACAUUAAAUUGUGAUGAAAAACAAGUGCGCAAGAUAUUGAUCCAACUCAAUCAGAUCAAACCUUUUGAUCAAGAUGCCUUUACCCUACAAUAUAUGACCAGAAUAUGUGUCGCUAUUGGAUUUAAUCAGAAAUUUCAAACCUUAUGUAGAUUCUUCUACUCAUCCUUAAAGAAUCAAAAUUUGGUUCAAGGCGAACAUGAACAUGUCAUUGCUUCUGCCCUAGUCAAGUUGACUGGCGACUUUAUCUUCCAAGAGAAGGGUGGCUUAAACUUAAAUGUGAUCUCUGAAAAUGCUGGAUGUUGUGAAAUCUCUCUCAAAAGUCUCCUUUAGAAGGUACAGCCCUACAAUAAGGUUUUGGUUCAACAAGCCUAUGAAUUUUACAGAAGAACCAUGUGA